CUCUUUUGCCUCAUGCAUUCUCCCAGCCUCACAUCUUUCAAUUCAACUCCUCUCUUUCCCUGAAAUUCAAAAGCCCAAGUGAGAAACGCCCCAGCCUGAUACCUAACAUCCAACCGUUUAAUUAAAACAUAUUCGUGUAGAAAUUCACUCAAACUCCCACCAACCCACAUGCAGUGUUUGUGGGUAAUGGCGCACUAACGCUCAUUUUUUCAAUGGAAUGUUGCCAAAAUCUCAAUACGCUUUCGUCAACGUAGACUCUACAACAGCCUACAAAAGGUCUCUCCUUCUCCCUAAGAGGUGUAUUUUUUGUAAUUUUAAAAUCAGGGGCAUUUUGGAUAUUUUGACUUGACUUCAUAUUCUCCUCCCCCUCUAUAAAUUCCAUCAUCAUACUCAUCGUUCUCAUCCCAUCUUUGUGUGAUCCAUUGAAGUCUCUCUCUAAGAGUUUGUUUUUGACUGAAGAUGGGUUUCAAAAGUGUUAUUAGUUUUGCCUUAGGACUCAUUCUCCUAGUGUUGAUCUCCAUGCCAUCGGAUAAUCUUGUGGCCGCGAAAGUUUCCCGAGGGACGCAACGAGGGGGCGCUGGCUUCGGCUUCAAUCGUACCAGUCAAGCUCUUCGGAACACUACGAUAAUCGUGGGUGGGUCCGAACAUUGGCACUAUGGGUUCGACUACAACCGUUGGGCUUUUCAGAAUGGUCCCUUCUACCAAAAUGACACUUUGGUUUUCAAGUACGAUCCGCCCAGCAACACCACCUUCCCGCACAGUGUCUACUUGUUCAAGAACUUCAGGAGCUUCAUGAAGUGCAAUUUGAAUCAAUCUACAUUGGUUGGGAACGUGAUGCAAGGAGGUGGCGACGGAUUCAAGUUUGUUUUGAAAGAGCGGAAGCCUUACUUAUUCGCAUGCGGUGAGCGGGGUGGAAUUCACUGUAAUGCGGGGUUGAUGAAGUUCUUUGUGUGGCCACUUAAAGCUCCUUGCCGUGGUUGAACAGAAAGGUGGUGUGGAAGAUUUGCAAUGCUUGCUUAGUAGAUUUUUCAUCCUUUUGUUGGAGGAGCUCAAUAAAUAAUGAGAGGUUUUGGGGAGUUUUAAGAGAAAAGGUAGAGAAUAGAAAAAAUGUAGUGUGGUUUGGGUUUCUAGCUGAUUACAAGUUUUUAAUUUUCAUGUAUGUUUGUAGCGAAAAAUAUU